AGAGACCCCGUCGUGUUUUGACCCCCCAAACAACUCCCAACCACCAUCUCUCCCCACAUCGUCUCUGCCUCGCUCAAUGUUUAAAGCAACAUCACUCAAGUCGCUGUGACAUUUUCCAGCCUGUCGCGACAGUCCAUGGACAGCGAGAACGACCAAAAAGGACGCUAUUUCUCCUCACCAAGCAUCUCGCCUGCGAGCCGGACCCAAAAAACAUAACGUGCGGACCUACCAGAGCGCUCUCGAAACCGCAGCCCAUGCCUGAGAGUGACUAUAGCCUACACGUCAAAUAUAAUCUGGAUACAGGAGGCAGAACGCCUGCGCUGGACAGCGGGUCUGGUCUCAUCCUUCCCGGAGUAGGGGAUUGGCUUCCGUGUCGCAUGGAUAAGAGGUAUGAAGACUUGGUGCACUACUCAGGGUCAGAGGGCAUGCCCAUGGGGGGGUAUGGAGAGGCCAUGAGGUCACUGCCCCCCCCUCACUAUGGCCACACUGUCCCAGAUUCCCUCAAACACCACAGGGACCAGAUCUAUGGUCAUCCCCUGUUUCCAUUGCUGGCCCUGGUGUUUGAGAAGUGUGAGCUGGCCACCUGCUCCCCACGGGAUGUCACAUCCUUCUCAGUCCCGCCCCACCUCCAAGGCCUGACCAAUCACAGUGAUGUAUGCUCCUCAGACUCCUUCAACGAUGACAUCGCAGCCUUCGCCAAACAGAUUCGCUCAGAAAAGCCCAUUUUUUCUACAAAUCCUGAACUGGACAAUCUGAUGAUCCAGGCCAUCCAGGUACUACGUUUCCACCUGUUGGAGCUGGAAAAGGUUCAUGACCUGUGUGAUAACUUCUGUAAUCGCUACAUCACCUGCCUGAAGGGCAAGAUGCCCACAGACCUGAUUCUGGAUGACAGGGAGGGCGGGUCCAAGUCCGACGUGGAGGAUUUCACUGGCUCCUGCACCAGUCUGUCAGAGCAGAAUCAGUCGUGGUUGCGGGACCCAGAUGACUGUGCGUCCACUCCACUAGGGACACCUGGCAUGUCGUGUGGCCUGCCUUCACACAGCACAGACAACUGCAGCGAUACGGGGGAUGGUUUGGAUGGGGGCGUGGCCUCCCCCAGUACAGGAGAGGAGGACGAGACAGACCGAGACAGAAGGAACAACAAGAAGAGGGGCAUUUUCCCCAAACUGGCAACCAACAUCAUGAGGGCAUGGCUCUUCCAGCAUUUAUCGCACCCAUACCCCUCGGAGGAGCAGAAGAAGCAGCUGGCACAGGACACAGGACUGACCAUCCUGCAGGUCAACAACUGGUUUAUCAAUGCAAGACGGAGAAUAGUACAGCCCAUGAUUGACCAGUCAAAUCGCUCAGGUCAAGGUGAUCCUUACAGCCCAGAGGGAGCAGCACUGGGGGGCUACGGACUGGACGGCCAAGCCCACCUGGGUCUCAGGGCAGCAGGUCUUCAGGGGAUGCCAUCUCUUCCAGGAGAGUACCCCGGGGCCCUGCUGUCCCAGUCUGGUUACCCCCACGCCGGCCCGUCCCUGCACCCCUACCCCGGCCCCCACCCCGCCAUGCUGCUGCACCCGCCGCCCCACCCCCACCCCGCCGAUCCCCUCAUAGGCCAGGGUCUGGACAUACACGCCCACUAACUGAGAAGGAAGGGUGUGAAGGAGAGGGGAGAGAGGGGCCACCCUGGGGCUCACACACCCGCCACAUGCUAUCUAAAACAGCAUGGCGCAGUCCAAAUGUUUACAUUCCCGCUGUAAGACACUGACCUCCACAUAGUCACUCAACCCACUGUCUGCAACAUGCAUAAACUUCCCUUUAAAACCACCACUGGCCCCUCUUAUACCAUCAAUAACAUACUUACAUUCCAUCUCAGACGUAGACAAAGACAUACACCAUAUUGAGCCCUUGAGUGUGAGCCAAGCCCACUUCAGGGUGGAAGAGGCGAGCGUCCUCAGCCCCUUCCCGCUCUACAUACUCUAUGGUGACAGUGAGCUGUCUGACUCCCAGGAUAGUGCCCCCUCUAGGAGCACAGAGGAACACCCCACACGGACCACUGACCAGCCAACUUGCCUCUCUCCCACCUGGCCUACUGGCCAACCAAGCGGAAAGACGGAAGGAUACAGGUCAGACACACACCUCCCGAUCCGCCUGUGUCACCUUAACCUCCAUAACCCUCAACGCCCCCCCAGCCUUAUGACCUCACACAGCCCAGGCUUGAAGCGUUGUGUUCGGACAGGACGCCAGUGAUGCACUCUGACCUCUCUCCGCCACGCCGUCUUCCCACACUGACAACUGUCACAUACACCCACCUUAUUUAAUUUGAGUUUUUUUAAAAUCUAUUUUUGUAUUUAUAUGUCAGAGAGAUGCGACCUGACAAAAGUCCUGUGAACAGCGAUCUUCCAGGGCGUCACUUUGCAUGACUCUAGUACACUAUGAAUGAGCUCAAUUUGUCUCUCUCAGUUUGUUCAAGGACGUACCUUGGUUUGUUUAAAUACGUUGGAAUGAGUUGAUCACUUACCUCCUUAAGAUCCUGUCAGACAUGAAUAGUAGGGUUUACUUUGGGAUCCACAUCAUAGGCCAAACAGUGAACACACACACAAUCCUGUCGUACCAUUUCAUGGUCCAUGUUGUCUGCCAUUGGGUUUAAGGAGGACAGCCAAAGGACUUUACACAUGCUGCAUCUUCCUCAGUCCCUUAUGGGUCUCUGAUUUAAAAAAAUCUUUCCAAAUGUUGAUGACGAUAAUUGAUGAUAAUGAUGUUACAGUUAUGAUUAUGCUUAUAGUAUUAAAACCUUUCUUUUGUAAAA